AUGAUAGGGAAAUUUGGCCUUACUGGUGCACUAUAUUUUCAGCUGUCUUUUAUUGUACCAUCCUUGUUCAUUUUUUUGGGAGGCAUGUUUACCAUACUGGCUUUCAGGUUAGCCAAAUAUGCUUAUGGAUUCAUCCUAGAGCAAAUCUGGAGGAAUAAGGUAAAGGACAAAGAUGUCUGGUGGCCUUACCAAAGGAAACAAAGCUCAGUCUACUGGAUAAGAAUCUUCUAUACACAAGUGGAAAUGAUGCUAUCAGCUCAAACAUCUAUGGGGCGUGUGCUGGUGAUAUUGGUGUUUCUUCUGAAUAUUGGCUCACUCAUAAUUUAUUUUGUCGACCUUGCUGAAACAGAGGAUUUCAAGAUCUCUUUUUCAGACAGCAUCCUUUUUAUAGAUACAGGCUUCAAUGCUUUCUUCCUGCUUUACUUUGGAUUACGGUUGGUGGCAGCAGAUGACAAGCUGAGGUUCUGGCUUGAGCUGAAUUCUCUUGUGGAUUUCUUCACCAUUCCUCCAGUUUUUGUUUCCUAUUAUUUAAAGAAGAAUUGGCUUGGUUUGCGUUUUUUGAGAGCUCUUAGGUUGUUAGAACUUCCCCGAAUACUACAGUUCCUCAGGAUCACCAAGAACAAUUAUUCAAUCAAGCUCUCCAAACUCUUUGCUGUAUUUCUCAGCACCUGGCUCACAGCUGCAGGAUUUAUUCACCUGGUAGAAAACAAUGGAGAUCCGUGGGUCCACCCUGGAAAUUCCCAGGCCCUCAGCUAUUUCAAUUGCAUGUACCUAGUAAUGGUGACUAUGUCCACUGUUGGUUAUGGUGAUAUUGUGGUUCAAACAGCCCUGGGUCGAACCUUCAUUAUUUUCUUCAUCAUUGGGGGUUUGGUGCUGUUUGCAAAUUUUAUCCCUGAAGUUGUGGAAAUUGUUGAAAGCCAUAAAAGUUACAAAUCUUCCUAUGAAGUUGUGAAUGGGAAAAACUAUGUUGUUGUCUGCGGUAAUAUCACUCUGGAGAGUGUUACUACUUUUCUACAAGACUUCUUGCUUCAGGACAAGGGAAAUGUUUGCACAGAAAUCCUUUUUCUGGGAGAGUCUCUUCCUAGUCUGGAGCUGGAAGCUGUAUUCAAAUGUUAUUCAGCCUACACUACUUUCUUUUAUGGCUCUGCACUGAACUUCGAAGAUCUAAAGAGAGUUCGGAUGGGGUCUGCAAGUGCCUGCCUGAUUCUAGCAGAUGUUAACUCUCUACAACCUUAUACUGAAGAUACUUCCAAUAUCAUGAGAGUGCUGUCUAUCAAGAAUAACUACCCAAGCACGAGAGUGAUUUUACAAAUAAUUCAGUCUCAUAACAAGGUGUACCUGCCAAACAUCCCCAACUGGGACUGGAGGACUGGAGACAGCAUCAUCUGUUUUGCCGAACUGAAGCUAGGCUUUAUAGCACAAAGCUGCUUGGUUCCUGGCUUGUCUACUCUCCUAACAGAUUUGUUCAUUGGGAAAGAGAAUACUGAGACAAAGAGAAAAUAUGUGGAGAACAAGAUGCUUCUGGAAGACAAAAACUACAAGGUGAUAACUUUUCAGCUCUCCAGUGAUUUUGCAGGCAUGACUUUUAUUGAGGUUUGUCGGCUGUGCUUUGUUAAACUGAACCUUGUCCUUUUGGGAAUUGAACUCAGAUUUGGCAGUCAAGGAGAGAGCACUAUCCUGAUCAAUCCAUCUGUACAGAUAAAGCUGCAUCGGAAUACAAUGGGCUUUUUUAUUGCUCAUUCCCUGGCAGAAGUCAAAAGGGCGCAUUUCUACUGUAAAGCCUGUCAUAGUGAUAUAGAGGAUCCAGAGCAGAUUAAAAAAUGUCAGUGUAAGAGCAGACUUCACUCAAAAUCUUUCUCAGAGAAACUGAAAUUCUAUCAAGAAUCGCUGCAUUUUUCAGAUGGAGAUCCUGAAAAGUCAAGGUCCCUCGGGGUUCUUCCUCAUCCGAGUUUUGUUGAUGGGGAUUUGGACAUCCAAGGAGAGGAGAACAGCAGAGUCAUACUAGAUUCAACAGGAAGGUUCCACUGGUGCGAUUCUGUUCCACUGCAGGAGGCUCUUUUGAGUUGCAAGGACCAAGCACUACUGGACCUGCAGGAUCACAUAUUGGUUUGUGUGUUUGGCGAUGCAAACUCACCGCUGAUUGGGCUGCAGGACUUCGUGAUGCCCUUACGAGCUAGUAACUUCAUUUACCAUGAGUUGAAAGACAUUGUUUUUCUUGGGUCUUUGGAGUAUCUGCAAAGAGAAUGGAAAUUUAUUCAGAAUUUCCCAAAGCUGUGGUUAUUCUCAGGUAGUGCACUCUCCUGUGCAGAUCUGAGAGCAGUUAAUGUCCAGCACUGUGCUGCAUGUGCCAUUCUGUCUUCCAACACUACUGCUUUGACCAGCCCUGCUCUGGUGGACACAGAAAGCAUCCUAGCCACUCUGAAUGUCCGAUCCAUGCAGGGUAAGCCCAGCUCAAGCCCUCUAGAGACUGCUUUCAGAAUGAGAGCAUCGAAGAAUCAAUCAGAGCCAUGUUAUAAAAAGAUCCCCAUCACCACAGAGCUGAAGUCUUCACCGAAUGCCCAGUUCAUUAAUCGGGCUUUCAACAUCAGUUCUGAGAUCUCUGACCAACAUCACCAGCUUUUCACCACUGCUGCCUGCACAGGAGAUAUCUUCUCAGAUAGCUUCUUGAAUUCUCUUUUGUCUAUUACCUACUACAACCAUCACAUCUUGGCUUUGCUGCAGACUCUGGUAACAAGUGGGACAAGCCCAGCAUUGGAGGAGCAGCAGUUGGAAAAGGACAGUAUACUGAGCAGAAGUUCUGACAAAAUAAUGCACAAUGCCACUCGAGGUAGAUCCAAACUGGCACUCCUGCCACUGUCCAAGAGGUUGUUAACAGGUGUCACGGAGAAUUCCUUUGGAGACGUUUACUGCAGAGCUUUAGACUUCUUUGGGAUACUCUGCUUUGGACUCUACCGUCUGAUGGAAGAGCCUAAUCCAUGCAAGAAUAGGUUUGUGAUUACUCGGCCCCGCAGUGAUUUGAAGAUGUUGCCUACAGAUCUGCUGUUUUGUAUUGUUCCGUUCAACAUUGCAACAACGGAUGACCUGUGA